AUGGAUAAUACAGUAUCAACCAAUAGCACUGGUAAUGUGCCAGUAUCACCUAUACUUAAAACAGCAUUAGCAACAGUAAAUAAUGGUACAUCAGCAAAUGAUGAUAGUGCAAAAUGUUUUCCAGAAGAUAAAGUAUCAAAAGAUUAUUAUUUUGAUUCUUAUGCUCAUUUUGGUAUUCACGAAGAAAUGCUUAAAGAUGAAGUACGAACAUUAACUUAUCGUAAUGCCAUGAUUUAUAAUCGUCAUUUAUUCAAAGAUAAAGUUGUUCUUGAUUUGGGUUGUGGCACAGGUAUUUUAAGUAUGUUCGCUGCUAAAGCCGGUGCUAAACGUGUAAUUGGUAUUGAUAUGUCAUCGAUUGUUGGUUAUGCACAAGAAAUAAUUGACAGUAAUAAUUUAAGUUCAGUUAUCACACUUAUUCGUGGCAAAAUCGAAGAAGUUGAAUUACCUGAUGGUAUUACUGAAGUUGAUAUUAUUGUUAGUGAAUGGAUGGGUUAUUGUUUAUUAUAUGAAUCAAUGCUUAAUUCAAUUCUUUAUGCACGUGAUAAGUGGCUUAAUAAGCAACAUGGUCUUUUAUUUCCAGAUAAAUGUCAACUUUAUAUUUGUGGCAUUGAAGAUAAAAAAUACCGUGAUGAAAAAAUUAACUGGUGGUAUAAUGUUUAUGGUUUCGAUAUGAGUUGUAUUCGAAAAGUAGCUAUUAAAGAACCACUUGUUGAUAGUGUUGAUAAUCGUCAAGUUAUGACAACACAUUAUUUAAUGAAAGAAUUUGAUUUACAAACAGUACGUGUAGAAGAUUUAUCAUUUACAGCUAAUUUUACACUUGAUGCUAUACGUAAUGAUUAUAUUCAUGCACUUGUGUCUUAUUUUACAGUAGAAUUUAGUAAAUGUCAUAAAUAUUGUGGAUUUUCAACUGGUCCCGAUGCACCAUAUACACAUUGGAAACAAACAUUAUUUUAUUUUGAUCAUGAUGAUGAAGAUAUUAUGUUACAUAAAGGUGAUAAAAUAACCGGUAAAUUAGCAUUACGUCCAAAUCCAAAGAAUGAUCGUGAUCUGGAUUUUGAUAUUGAUUUUGUUGCUCAAGGACAAAAUACCCAAACAAAAUAUCAUGGAGAAUAUCGAAUGCAUUAA